UCAGGCAGGGCAGAGCAAUGUUUUCAUGCCUGCGCUAGUAACUCUGCCAUGGCGCCCGUAAUGUCACUGAUUAAGGAGGGGACUUCGUAGCAUUGCGUUUUUAUUCGCUUAAGUAAAAAGUAUCCUGUACGUUUUGCUACUCCUGGUUUGACUCGAACCACAUUUAUCUUUGAACCCGCCAUGACUGUGGAGCAGAAUGUCCUCCAGCAGCAUUCUCAGAAGCACCAGCAGACGCUACUAAACCAGUUGAGGGAGGUCACAGGCACCACAGAUGUUCAGUUGCUUCAGCAGGCCCUGCAGGUGAGCAAUGGAGACCUGGCCGAGGCUGUGGCCUUUCUGACAGAGAAGAAUGCCAAGGUUCCUCAGCAAGAUGAGUCAACCUACUACCACACAUCCCAGGUGGCCAGUGACAGAUACAUCAGCGUGGGCAGCCAGGCAGACACAAAUGUGAUUGACCUGACUGGGGACGAUAAAGAUGACCUUCAGAGGGCUAUCGCCCUCAGCCUGGAGGAAUCCAACCGGACUUUCAGGGAGACAGGCAUCACUGAUGAGGAGCAGGCCAUCAGCAGAGUUUUGGAGGCCAGCAUAGCAGAGAACAAAGCGAGUCUGAAGCGGACCCACACAGAAGUAUGGAGCGAUUCACCCAACCCACAUGACAGGAAGAGGGUAGACAGCUGCCCUGUAGGGCUGAAAAAUGUUGGCAAUACCUGCUGGUUCAGUGCUGUCAUACAGUCUCUGUUCAACCUGCUGGAGUUUCAGAGGCUGGUGCUCAACUAUUCACCACCAGCCAGAGUCCACGACCUGCCUCGCAACCAAAAGGAACACAGGAACCUGCCCUUCAUGCAGGAGCUGAGGAACCUCUUCUCCCUCAUGGUUGGGUCCAAGAGGAAAUAUGUGGAUCCGUCACAAGCUGUGGAAAUCCUCAAAGAUGCCUUCAAGUCCAGCGAGUCACAGCAGCAGGAUGUGAGCGAGUUCACCCACAAGCUGUUGGACUGGCUGGAGGAUGCCUUCCAGAUGAAGGCUGAAGAGGACAGGGAGGGUGAGAAGCCAAAGAACCCCAUGGUGGAGCUCUUCUAUGGCCGCUUCCUUGCUGUGGGUGUCCUUGAAGGUAAAAAAUUUGAAAACACAGAGAUGUUUGGACAGUACCCACUACAAGUGAACGGCUUCAAGGAUCUCCAUGAAUGUCUUGAGGCAGCAAUGAUUGAGGGCGAGAUUGAGUCCCUGCACUCGGCAGAGAACUCUGCCAGGUCCGGACAAGAGCACUGGUUCACAGAACUCCCUCCUGUGUUGACCUUUGAACUGUCAAGAUUUGAGUUUAACCAAGCACUGGGACGACCUGAGAAGAUCCACAACAAGCUAGAGUUCCCCUCUGUCCUCUACAUGGACAGGUACAUGGAUAGGAACAGAGAAAUAACUCGGAUCAAGAGGGAGGAGAUCAAGAGGCUGAAAGAGCAUCUGACACUGCUUCAGCAGCGACUGGAGAGGUAUCUGAGUUAUGGCUCAGGCCCCAAGAGGUUUCCUCUGGCAGAUGUCCUCCAGUAUGCCAUGGAGUUUGCCUCCAGUAAGCCAGUGUGCACCUCCCCAGUGGAAGACAUUGACUCAUCAGGACCUCCCGGUGGCACAAUGGGACAACAGCUGCCCCCAACAAGCAUGGCUGAGCAGGACUCCUUGUCUCUCCCAGAGAGCUCAUGCCCUGCCUUAGGUCCCACCACAGCUCCCACCGCAGCACAGCAACAGAGAGUAUCCAUUCAUAAGCCCUUUACCCAGUCCCGGUUACCUCCCGACCUGCCCAUGCACCCUGCCCCGCGCCACAUCACGGAAGAGGAGUUAAGGGUGCUUGAAGGUUGCUUACAUCGCUGGAGGAGUGAAGUGGAAAAUGACACCCGUGAUCUGCAGGGAAGUAUAACCAGAAUUCACAGAACCAUUGAGCUAAUGUACUCUGACAAAUCUAUGAUGCAGGUCCCAUACCGGCUUCAUGCAGUGCUUGUCCAUGAAGGCCAGGCCAAUGCAGGCCACUACUGGGCUUACAUCUAUGACCCACAUCAGCGUUGCUGGAUGAAGUACAACGACAUCUCUGUCACCAAGUCAUCCUGGGAGGAACUGGUCAGAGACUCGUUUGGAGGCUACCGCAACGCUAGUGCCUACUGUCUCAUGUAUAUCAAUGACAAGAAGCCCUUUCUCAUAGAAGAGGAGUUUGAUAAGGAAACGGGACAGAUACUCAGUGGCAUGGACAAACUGCCUCCAGACCUAAAGCAGUACGUAAAGGAGGAUAAUGAGCUGUUUGACAAGGAGAUUGAGGAAUGGGAUGCCCUACAGGCCUGCAAGGACCAGCAGGAGAAGCUGGCCCUGGCCACAGCAGCCACAGCAGCCUCAGCAGCAUCCAGCACCUCCACUUCUUCCUGUUUUCCUCAACCCAUGAGUAUUGAGUCCAACACUCCAGACAACACAGUACCCCAGCAUGACCCAGAGUACAUGGAGCAGCCAUCACCCACAAAUGACUCCAAGCACCUGCAGGAGGACACCCAGAGGGCCAUCUCCAGGGCUGCUGCUGAACAAGAGGAGAGAAGCCCUGAGGCAUUGUUAAAUGCUUCUCUUCCCCCUCCCUCCUCCCCUCAGCCUGAGGUCCAGGUGAGCACCCCCUCCACCCCUCCUACUGACCUAGUUACAGAGGAUGAGUCCGCUGGACAGCGCACAGUGGAGGUGGCCAUUCCUAAUGUGGGGACCUUUGUCAUUGAGUCAGAGGAGGGGGGGUAUGAUGACGAGGCAAUGAUGACACCCAACAUGCAGGGUAUAAUUAUGGCCAUUGACAAAUCCAGGAGCGUGUAUGAAAAGAAUGGGCCUGAGGCAGCCUUUUUUAAGGCCAUAAAGCUGGAGUAUGCACGUCUUCUGAGAUUUGCCCAAGAGGACACACCUCCUGAAAAUGACUACCGAUUACAGCACAUCAUUGUCUACUUCAUCCAAAACCAGGCACCUAAGAAGAUCUUGGAGAGAACUCUGCUCACACAGUUUGCUGACAGGAACCUGGCCUUUGAUGAGAGAUGUAAGAGCAUUAUGAAUGUGGCACGUGCUAAACUGGACUUAAUUAAGCCUGAGGAGGUCAACAUGGAUGAAUAUGAGAUGUGGCACCAGGCCUAUCGGAAUUUCCGUGAGACGACCAUCUUCAUGAUGUCUGGGUUGGAGCUCUUUCAGAAGACAAAUUACAUGGAGGCUCUGAUGUAUCUGAUUUACUCAUACCAGUACAACAAGGAGCUUUUGUCCAAAGGGCUGUACAGGGGGCACGAUGAGCAGCUUCUUGGUCAUUACCGUCGAGAGUGUUUACUGAAACUGAAUGAGCAAGCGGCUGCCAUGUUUGAGUCAGGAGAAGAACCGGAUGUGUCAACAGGUCUCGGCAUCAUGAACGAGCUGGUGGUGCCCUGCAUCCCUCUGCUGCUGAACCAUGACACUGAGAGGGACCUGUUGGCAGUGGAGGACAUGAGGAACCGCUGGUGCUCCUACUUGGGCCAAGAGAUGGAAUCCAACCUCCAGGAAAAGCUGACCGACUUCCUCCCCAAGUUACUGGACUGCUCGACGGAGAUCAAAAGCUUCCACGACCCUCCCAAACUGCCCAGCUACUCCACCCUGGAGCUGAGUGAACGGUUCAGCCACAUCAUGGCCUCCCUCGGCAGGGUGCCCACUGACGGGAGAUGAGCUCUGAGGGACAGCCAGGCACCUGGUUCUUAUCACAGGCCCGACCCUGGGCAGAAAUCCAUGGACCUCUCUUAACCCAUGACUUCCUUCUAAAUCCAGGGGUCUUUCGCAUCUAGGUGUUACUCCUCUGUUACUCUAUUGCUGCGAUAGGUUUUAUCAUUAUGAAUAUUGUUUCACUUUUAUUUUAAGCAAAACACAACAGAGGAAGGAAGAUGGACUGUUGGGAGUGAGUGAAGAAAUGAGAGAGGAAAAGUUGGUGGAAUAACAGUGGCAAUCCUGCAGUGGUUAAAAGCCAAGCACAUUCUCUUUCAGCUUUGCAAAAAUAAAACCAUGUUUGGAGGUUUUUCAUAGUUAUUAUUAUUGUUGUUGCUGUUUGAUUCAAGCUUUCCCAAUCGCACUCAUAGCCCUCUUUAAAGCACCCUUCUCUGCCUGAAAAGGAUCCCCCUGCUGCUCUGCCUCCAGUUUGGUACCAUAUUACCACCCUUUGUUUUAUAUUUCUAAGGAAGUGGGAGAGAGAGCCUUCAGAUUUAUCAGGGGCUCAAAGGAUCUCAAAUGGGUCUCAUGUCUUUGUGGACUGUGCCAGAACAAGAUGUUUUAAGUGCUGUGGUAGACAGCCAUGGACUUCCUGUGGCUUGUUAAUACAUUGAGAGAAUAAAAUUUUAUUUAUGGCCCUUUUAGGCCAAAUAAAGAGAGGUUUUGUCUGA